AUGGAGGCCCGGAGCCACGUGACCACCGCCCUGGCCUCCCAAGCGACGGCGGAGGACGACGUGGAGCUGCGGGCCCAGUGGGAGGACGAGAACCUCGUGGAGUGGCAGGACCUCUCUGAGGCCUUGGAGAAGAGUGAGGCGGAGAAGGAGAUGUGGCGCUGCAAGGCCGCCGAGCUGGAGGGUCUUCUCCAGCAGCCAGGCGCAGCGAGCGAGCGGCCAGCCACGCCGGUGGCGUUGGCAUUUUGCCUCAAGUCCUUCGCUGUCGGGCGUGGCCACGCCACCCAACGGCCCCACCGGCCCCGGCCCCGGCCCUGA